CUCCCACCUCAGCGCAAGAUGGCGGCGGGCGCCUCGGACCCCCUGGAAGAGAUGCUGCUCUUCUCCGAGGAGGUGGACGAGAAGGCGGUCAGCGACCUGGUGGGCUCCCUGGAAUCGCAGCUGGCCGGCGGCCGGGGCUCGGCCGAGGCGCCCCAGCCCAGGACCUCCGCCCCGUCCCAGCAGCAGCAGCCGCAGCAGCAGCAGCAGCAGCAGCGCCAGGGCAGCCUGGCGGGGGGCGGCAGCCCCGUCCGGCAGCAGCAGGGGCACCCCGCGCCUCCCCCCGCUACCGGGGCGGAGGAGGCUGCGGCGGGCCGUCCCGGAGCCGCGGAGAGCCGAGCCCCCGCCCCGGGGCCGCUCCCGUCCCCGUCUCCCCCGGCGGCAGCGGCGGCGGUAGCGGCGGCGGCGGCAGGGCGGGGAGUGAGUGUAAACAGUAGUAGUGUGCAGCAAUCACAUGGAGCGGCUCUGCUCGGCGGCAGCCCCGCCGCCCCGGCCCCGCCGCAGCCCGCCGCACCCCCGCCCGCCCCGCCUGUCAACAACCAUGUGGCCGCCGGCACCGGCUCCCGGGACGCGGGCAGCCCCAGCCCCGGCCGCAGCCCGCCCGCCGCGGAGCCGCCGCCGCGCAACGAGGCCGCGGAGGGGAGCGGGGCGGAGGGCGGCGGGCGGGCGGCGACGGAGGGAGCCGACGCCGCCGAGCCCGCGCCGCUGCCCGGCGAGGCGGCGCCCAACGGGGAGGGAGCCAGGGGCCGGGCGCCGGCGGUGCCGCCAGUCAGCGGCCGGCAGAGCCCGGCCGGCAGGGAAGGCGGCGCGGCGCAGCCCAAGCCCGCGCACGGCCCGCAGCCCGCAGUAAACGCGCUCGGCAACUCCGCCAGCCCCGCGCCCGCCGCCACCCCGCCGGGACCGGGCUCUGCCGCCAAACCCGCGGGCGUCGCCAAGCCGGGCGCUGCCCUCCCCGCCGCUUCGCAGGCGCUGUCGCCGCGGCCCGCGCUGGGUGCCGCCCCGAGGCUCGUGGCCCCGCAGCUGAUCGUCAGGCCGCCGCAGCAGACCACCAUCCAGCUGCCGCCGGGCUUCACCAUCCCGCCCGGCAUGGUCUUGGUGCGCACAGAUGCUGGACAACUUGUGAUGGUGCCUCAGCAGGCUCUAGCCCAGGCGCAGAUGCAAGCUCAAGUGCAAACACAGGGACAAGGUCCUACCAGCAUUUCGCCUCGACUUUCAGUGCCCACAAGCGGCCCAGUUUUUCGCCUAACAACAACUCAGCAACCGACUUCUGUAGCCACAUCUACUGUCCGCCUUGGACUUCCAGUGCAAGCCAAAGUUGUUCAGUCAACUGCAACACCUGUUAGUGCUACAGCUGCUGUGACUCUGCCAGGAGGCUCUAUUCUUUCACAUACCACAGUGUCAGUAGCUACAACAAAUGCUCAAAAUUUGUUCAAGACUACAGUAUCAACGGGAACACCAACAUCUCAACAGCCUGCAGUAAUUACUGGUGGACAAACUCAAGCUGCAGCACAAAACCAGAGUCAGCCUCGGCUCCCACUUCCACCUCAUACAACAGCACAAGUGCCAGCACAGCCCCAAGUCAUACCAAGCUCUCCUGUACCUGGAACUACAGUUGUAUCACAGGAAAUGCAAGAGAAUGUGAAAAAAUGCAAAAACUUUUUAGCUACUCUUAUAAAACUUGCUUCUCAUAAUUCACCUUCUCCAGAAACGUCCCGCAAUGUGAAAGCUCUGGUUCAGGAUUUGUUGGAUGCAAAGAUUGAUCCAGAAGAAUUUACAGGCCGCCUUCAAUCAGAACUCAAAUCAUCUCCUCAGCCAUAUCUUGUACCUUUCCUUAAGAAAAGUCUACCUGCAUUGAGACAAUCGUUACUGAAUAGUCAACAUUCAGUUUUGCAAGGACAGCCGUCUCAGCAGUCGCUUCAACAAACCAAGCUAUCACAAGUUAUACCUCAAUCUGCCUCUGGAAGUAUUUCCUCCAUUGUCACAACGCAGACAAUAGGAAUAAGGCAACCAAACAACAUUUGCACAGUCUCUGUAUCAAAUACAGUGCAGCCUCCUCAGGUUAAGGUGGUACAGUCAAAUCAGAGUUCUCAACUGCAGAUUAUCCAGUCAACAUCUGCUCAAACUGUGAAACGAAACCCUGCUUGCCAGACUACCCAGAUUAGGAUGCCAGUGGUAAUAACUCAGACCAUUAGACCACAAGGCACAGUAGGGAAGGCACCAACAAUACAAGCCAGCAAAAGUCCUGGGGGCUUUGGUGUUCAGGUCUCUGCAAAUCAGAAAAACAAGCUGAAUGACCCUGGAGGUGGUUCUUUCAGAGAUGAUGAUGACAUCAAUGAUGUUGCCUCUAUGGCUGGUGUUAAUCUGAAUGAAGAAAGUGCCCGAAUUAUGGCUACCAACUCUGACUUGGUUGGAACCCAGAUACAGUCGUGUAAAGAUGAACCCUUUCUUGCUGCUAUACCUCUACAUAAACGCAUACUUGAAAUGGCUAAAAAAUUAGGAAUUACUGAUGUGCCAGCUGAGGUGGUUACUUUUAUUUCCCAUGCAACACAAAGCAGAUUAAGAACAGUGAUAGAAAAAGUAACUGUGAUAACCCAGCACCGCAUGGAAUCAUACAAAGAUGAUGAGUGGUAUGAACAAGCUACAGAUGUCCGAUCACAAUUAAAGUUUUUUGAACAGUUGGAACGUUUAGAAAAGCAAAGGAAAGAUGAACAAGAGAGGGAAAUCUUGCUAAAGGCUGCCAAGAGUCGCUCAAGGCAAGAGGACCCAGAGCAAGCUAGACUGAAACAAAAAGCAAAGGAGAUGCAGCAACAAGAACUUGCACAAAUGAGGCAGAGAGAUGCCAAUCUAACUGCGUUGGCAGCUAUUGGUCCCCGGAAGAAACGGAAACUUGAUUCACCUGGACUGCUUACCAUAGGAGGAGAGGGCCUCAGUAUGUCCGGUGGAGGUCAGGCUGGCUUGGGGACUCCUUCAUCCAGGCAGUAUGCACGACAGAAAAUAACGCGUGUAAACCUCAGGGACUUCAUCUUCUACAUGGAACAGGAACGAGAAACGAGCCGUUCUCUCCUGCUCUAUCGAGCUUUGCUUAAAUAAAGCCAAGAAUUGUACUGAUUUCUCCAUA